AUGGAAGAGUACAACACAACAAUGCAUUGGCAUGGCCUCAGUCAACGUACUGCACCUUUCAGUGAUGGCUCACCCGUCAGCCAAUGGCCGAUCGCACCUCACAGAUGCUUCGACUAUGAGAUUCAUCCUGAAGUUGAGGAUGCCGGAACCUACUUCUACCACUCUCACAUCGGCUUCCAGGCCAUCUCUGCAGCAGGGCCGCUCAUCAUCGAAGACUUUGGUCCUCCUCCGUUUGAGUACGAUGAAGAGCGCAUCGUCUUCCUCCAAGACUACUACAAUAAGACUGAUGAGGUAAUGGAAGAUGGUCUCGUUGCGACGCCAUUCAAGUGGACUGGUGAGGUCAACGCAGUGCUUCUAAAUGGUGUCGGUGUUGCCAUUGGUGAAACUGCUGGCGAGGGCACCUGUGAGCUACCAGUUAUCGAAGUCGAACCGGGCAAGACCUACCGCAUGCGCUUUGUAGGUGCAACAGCCAUAUCGAUGGUAUCGUUCGGUAUCGAGGGCCAUUCCAAGUUCGACGUCAUCGAAGCCGAUGGUGGCUACACGCAACCCCACACUACAGACCACAUGAUGCUUUCAUCCGGCCAACGUUUCGACGCCCUCUUCAGCACAAAGACAGUAGAGGAGCUCGGCAACCAAACCGAAUACAUCAUGCAAUGGGAGACCAAAGACCGGCCUGCAAUCUACACCGGCUUCGGUAUCCUGCGCUACCCAAGCUCAGGACCCAAGACCACCACCGCACCCACGGUCGCCCCUCUAACCUUCACCAACGCCACCUACGACUUCCUCGAGUACGCUCUCGAGCCCCUCGUCCCUAACAACUUCCCCAAAGCCUCCGAGAUAACCCGCCGCGUUCACAUCAACAACGUGCAACUCAAGCAAUCCACCACAAUCUGGCAACUUGAUGGCCUAAACUGGACCGAAGAGACCACCGCCAACAGCCCGCCCUACCUCGUCGACAUCUACAAGAACGGCCCUGCAGCUAUGCCGAACUACACCGCCGCCAUGGCCAACGGCGGCUGGGACCCAUACACGCUAACCUGGCCCGCCAAACUCGGCGAAGUCAUCGAAAUCAUCUUGGAGAACACCGGCUCUCUCGUCGACAACAACGGUGGCUUCGACUACCACCCUUUCCAUCUCCACGGCGCGCAUUUCUACGACUGCGGCAGCGGAAACGGCACUUUCGAUCCUUUUGAGAACGAAAAGAAGCUCGAGAACUACAACCCCGUCAGGCGCGACACUACGAACCUGUACCGCUACCGUACCAAGGGUACUGCGGGAGAGGAAGGUGGAUGGCGCUGCUGGAGACUUAGGGUGUUGGACCCGGGCUGCUGGAUGCUGCAUUGUCAUGUGCUGCAGCAUAUGAUCAUGGGUAUGCAGAGUGUGUGGGUUAUGGGCGAUUACGAGGAUAUCGCGCGCAUUCCUUAUUCGGGGGCGCAGGGCUACCUCGACUUUGGUGGUACCGCGUAUGGUGGACAAGAUAUCUCACCCGUUGCCUAUCAUAACUGGGAUGAGUAG